CAGGAAAACACAGAUAAACGAGUUCAGUCUUUUUUUCCAAAGCUCACUCCUUUCUCUCUUCUAUCUCCUCCAUCCGAUCCCCCGGAGGGUUGUUUAGCAUCUUCCUCAUCCAAAACAUAAUGGACGUCAGAAAGCUAUCCGCGAUGGAGAACACCACCAAGGCAGGCAAGACCAUGAAACAGAAAGUCAAGUUUGUCGUCGACGAGGAAGUGGCAAAGGUUUCAGACGCCUUGCCUCUGCCUCAGUACAUAACCAACGCCGUCUUCUUCGCUCUCUUCUUCUCCGUCGUCUACUUCUUGCUCACUAGCUGGCGUGAGAAGAUCCGUACCAACACUCCUCUUCACAACAUAGAUCUCUCUGAGAUUGUUGCCAUCCUUGCUCUUAUAGCCUCCUUCAUCUAUCUCCUGGGCUUCUUCGGCAUCGAUUUUGUUCAGUCCCUCUUUCUCCAGCCCAGUAAUGACAUCUGGGCCGCCGACGAUGACGAGGAAGAGAUUAUUCUCAAGCAGGACGCUCGUAAAUUUCCUUGUGGCGAGGCACUUGAUUACUCAAUCCCAAAAAUGGCUCCAAUUGCUUCUCCUAAAUUCGUCCAAAAGGUGUUUGAUGACAAGCCAGCGAUCCAGACCCCUCCACCAACUGCAGAAGACGAGGAGAUUAUCAAGGCUGUCGUUGCUGGAACCAUUCCUUCAUAUUCACUCGAGUCAAAGCUAGGCGACUGCAAGAGGGCAGCUUCUGUUAGGCGUGAGGCAUUACAGAGAGUUACAGGCAAGUCUUUUGAGGGUCUGCCUUUGGAGGGCUUUGAUUACGAAUCCAUUUUGGGUCAAUGCUGUGAAAUGCCGGUUGGGUAUAUUACCAUUCCUGUUGGGAUUGCCGGGCCCCUUAUGCUUGAUGGAAGAGAGUUCUUUGUCCCUAUGGCCACAACUGAAGGUUGCUUGGUGGCUAGUACCAACCGUGGUUGCAAAGCAAUUAACUUGUCCGGUGGAGCUACUAGUGUGCUAUUGAAAGAUGGAAUGACCAGAGCACCAGUUGUCAGAUUCAACUCUGCUAAAAGAGCUGCUGAGUUGAAGUUCUUCAUGGAAGACCCUGCCAAUUACGAAACCAUUUCCAUGAUUUUCAACAAAUCAAGCAGAUUUGGUAGACUUCAGACAGUCAAGUGUGCAGUGGCUGGGAAGAACCUCUACAUGAGAUUCUGCUGCAGCACUGGUGAUGCUAUGGGGAUGAACAUGGUCUCUAAAGGGGUUCAAAAUGUCCUCGACUUCCUUCAGAAUGACUUCCCUGAAAUGGAUGUAAUUGGCAUCUCUAGUAACUACUGCUCAGACAAGAAGCCUGCUGCUGUGAACUGGAUUGAAGGCCGUGGCAAAUCUGUGGUUUGUGAGGCUGUAAUCAAGGGAGACAUAGUGAGUAAGGUGUUGAAAACCAACGUGGCGGCCUUGGUGGAGCUUAACAUGCUCAAGAACCUUACUGGUUCCGCCAUUGCUGGUGCUCUUGGUGGUUUCAAUGCUCAUGCCAGUAACAUUGUUUCAGCUGUGUACCUCGCCACUGGUCAAGACCCAGCUCAGAACAUAGAGAGUUCUCACUGUAUCACCAUGAUGGAAGCCAUCAAUGAUGGCAAGGAUCUUCACGUCUCGGUUACCAUGCCUUCUAUUGAGGUCGGUACAGUAGGAGGAGGUACCCAAUUGGCAUCGCAGUCGGCUUGCUUGAACUUGCUCGGAGUGAAGGGUGCCAACAGAGAGGCACCAGGAUCAAACGCAAGGCAAUUGGCCAGUGUUGUAGCUGGUUCUGUUCUUGCCGGAGAGCUUUCUCUCAUGUCUGCUAUUGCAGCUGGACAGCUCGUCAAGAGUCACAUGAAGUAUAACCGAUCAAACAAAGAUGUUACAACUGUUGCUUCAUUUUAAGAGCUAGAAGAAACUUGACCCUCAAGAAUUUUUGUCACAUAUAUCUCUUUGUAAAUUUCUUCCAAAAUGUGGACGAUUCUGAGGUUCAUCCUUUGGUGAAUGAGCAUAUUCACCUUCUCUUACGAUUAAUGCAUAAUAACUUUAUAAUUUUGUAAUCCAA